AGCACAGUAUUUGGUGCAACGACCCAACCAUUUGCGCCGUGGAAGCGAUCCAAAAUGCCCCGAGUUCUGAGUCACACGCCUGCUUGGCUCUCCCGGCCGAGUCCAGGCUACCAUCUUUUCGAGCCAACGCCUUCAGGAAACCACGUUCCGACGGACAAGCAAAAGAGCACAGGGCUUCGAAGACCCAUUGCAACUAGAGACUCCGAGGUGUUUGUGGCUGUCGGCCGCGAAAUACGUUGGGCCGAUCUGGCGCAAUUGAAGGAAGACGACGCGCCCCAAUAUCGCAAGCUCGCCAUCUCGCUACAUUUGCCCGUUCAACGCCUCACUAUUUCUCCUGCUGGAGACUACCUCGCCGUAUCCACCUCGCAUACUGUUCAUAUCGUCACCCUUCCGGAUUCCUCCCUCCUUAAUACCGACGACCCAUCCCCCAUAAAGCCCAAAACAUUUCAAGUUGGGCCUACGACGCACGUAUUGGAAGAGUCGCCGAUCGCAUCAAUACUUUGGCAUCCAUUGGGAUACCGUGGAAGAUGUCUGGUUACAGUUACUCUCGAAGGUGUGGUGCGAUUAUGGGAGAUCAACCGCGCAGAUAGACUGUCGUUCAGCGAGCCAACGCUUUCAAUUGAUUUGGUCAAGCUUGCAACCGCCGAAGAUUAUGAAGAUGACCUGAGCGCAUCAUAUUACGGAGCUUCGAAGGGUUUCUCCGUGGACAUGGCUUAUCUUGAAGUUGCCUCAGCUUGCUUUGGAGACUCGCCCGAUCAAGAGGGGGCUCACGGUUGGGCACCCAUGACUUUAUGGAUUGCGACAGUUGCAGGAGAGGUCUAUGCUCUGUGCCCGCUUCUCCCCAACAAGUGGCAGUUGCCUGAGUCACAUGGUGCGGCCACUUUGUUACAAACUUUGGUGACCUCCAUCGACAUCAAUUACGCCGACGUUUCUGAUGAUCAAGAGGCCACCCCUUAUGAAAGAGCAACAGUGGCAAAUCAGCUCUCGUGGAAGAGCGAUAUCAUCUAUCAUGAGCCUUUGGAGGAAGUCCUUGCCAACGGAGAUACUAUUAAGGUCUUUCCGAGGCCGGCUAGUGUUCCCGCCAUCCCUUUGCUUCAGGGCCCAUUCACGAUCAAACCAGCCGUAGACAAUUUUGAACUUAGCGACAUGGCCAUUUACUCCCUCAAAACUUUCUCGGACGGUGGGGAAGAGGGGGAAAUAGCUGAAGGCCUACCGGCCGCUGUAGUGUGUCUGCUCACGGACACCUGCCAAGUGCAUGUGUGUUUUGACGCGAAAGGUAUAGAAGGCAAGUGGCUGCCUUUGGAAGGGGUAGGUUUUUCUAAUUCAGAAAUAAAGCCAACAUGA